ACUAGUUAGAUAUGUAUUUCUCCUUCUCAUGCAUUUCUCUCUUAAAUUUAUUCUCACUCAAGGCGUAAAAUUAUGGUCAAAAGAAGCUUCUCUAGCCCAAGAAAUUAUCAAUACCGAGCUGCAAUGCUUGUGUUUGAGUGUUAUUCAAUUCAUGGAAUACAUGACUUUGAAGCUCAAACAAGUGAAUAAGGCACUUGAUGAAGUAUUGUUGGUAUCGAUUGCUUUUGCACCUAUCAAAAUCUUUAUCAAUGCUAGCAAAACCCCACUUAGAUUCGUUUUACUUUUCCUUCUCAGACAUGUCGUUCUGAAAUUUAUUUUUAGUGAAGUUGAAACCUACUCAUCAAGUUCAAUUUCACAACCUUCUCUGGCAAAAGAAAAUAUCGGUAGCCUGACCGGAUCGGAAGGCGUAUUUGAACUCAACAAGUACAUGAAUUGGAAGCUCAAAAGCGUGAACAAAGCACUUGAUCAAGCAGUACCUUUGAAGCACCCCAAAAAGAUUAGGGAGGCAAUGAGACACUCCCUACUUUUGGGAGGAAAGCGUGUGUGUCCAAUUCUUUGUAUUGCUUCAUGUCAAUUGGUUGGUGGAGAUGAAGCAUUAGCAAUGCCAAUGGCUUGUGCAAUUGAGAUCAUUCACACUUCUUGGUUGAUUAUUGAGGAUCUUCCUUGUAUGGAGAAAGUGUUUGGUCAAAAAGUUGCCAUUCUUGCUAGUGCUGCUCUCUUUUCCAUUGCAUUUGAGCACAUAGCGGAAAAUAGCACACAUGCUCCACCAGACAGGGUGGUUCGAGCCAUCACAGAACUAGUUUCAACGAUCGGGACGGACAGGCUCGUGGGAGGCCAAUUUGGGGAGCUUAUGACUGAAGGAAAAAAUUUAACUUUUAAAGACGUGAAGUAUAUCCAUGGGCACAAAACUGCGAGGCUUUUAGAGGCGUCGAUUGCUUGUGGAGCGAUAAUUGGAGGGGCGACUGAGUCAGAUGUGCAAAAGAUUAGGAAGUACGCAAGGUGUAUCGGGUUAUUGUGUCAAGUGGAGGAUGAUCUUUCCAACGUGACCGCGUCAGCGCAACACUUGGGGAAAUUUUCCAACAAGGAUUGGAUGAGCGAUAAGACUAUUUUCCUUAAUCUGAUGGGCAUCGACAAUGCCACUAAACUUGCCAGAAGGUUAAUGACUCAAGCGAUUCAAGAACUCAAUCAUUUUGAUGCUCGAAGGGCAGCUCCAUUGCACCAUUUGGCUUAUUACAUCGCUAAUAGUCAACAUUAGGGUAUUAAUUAAUUAGUUAAUGUCUUCUCAUCUUACUUAAUUUCUAUUUUCCAGUGCUAUUGUAGAUCCCUAUGGAUCCUUAAAUAAGUACUUAAAUUUCAUGGAA